CCCUGCCUGUCGCUCGCUCGCUUGCCCGCUCCCGGGGCGGCGAUCCGGGGAAGAUGGCGAACGACUCUCCCGCGAAGAGCCUGGUGGACAUCGACCUGUCGUCCCUGCGGGACCCUGCUGGGAUAUUUGAGCUGGUGGAAGUGGUUGGAAAUGGCACCUAUGGACAAGUCUAUAAGGGUCGACAUGUUAAAACGGGUCAGCUGGCCGCCAUCAAGGUUAUGGAUGUCACCGAGGAUGAAGAGGAAGAAAUCAAACUGGAGAUAAAUAUGCUGAAGAAAUAUUCUCAUCAUAGAAAUAUUGCCACAUACUAUGGUGCUUUCAUUAAGAAGAGCCCUCCAGGACACGAUGACCAACUCUGGCUUGUUAUGGAGUUUUGUGGGGCUGGGUCCAUCACAGACCUUGUGAAGAACACCAAAGGGAACACACUCAAAGAAGACUGGAUUGCUUACAUCUCCAGGGAAAUCCUCAGGGGAUUGGCACAUCUCCAUAUUCACCACGUUAUUCACCGAGAUAUCAAGGGCCAGAAUGUGCUGCUGACUGAGAAUGCAGAAGUGAAACUCGUUGAUUUUGGUGUAAGCGCUCAGCUGGACCGGACGGUUGGACGGAGAAAUACGUUCAUAGGCACACCCUACUGGAUGGCUCCGGAGGUCAUUGCCUGCGAUGAGAACCCAGAUGCCACUUACGACUACAGAAGUGACCUCUGGUCUUGUGGGAUCACGGCCAUUGAGAUGGCAGAAGGGGCCCCUCCUCUCUGUGACAUGCAUCCAAUGAGAGCGCUGUUUCUCAUCCCCAGAAACCCUCCUCCCAGGCUGAAGUCAAAAAAAUGGUCAAAGAAAUUUUUCAGCUUUAUAGAAGGCUGCCUGGUGAAGAAUUACAUGCAGCGGCCCUCUACAGAGCAGCUUUUAAAACACCCUUUCAUAAGAGAUCAGCCCAAUGAAAGGCAGGUUCGAAUCCAGCUUAAGGAUCAUAUAGACCGGACCAGAAAGAAGAGAGGCGAGAAAGAUGAGACGGAGUAUGAGUACAGUGGGAGCGAGGAGGAAGAGGAGGAAGUGCCUGAGCAGGAGGGAGAGCCAAGUUCCAUAGUCAAUGUGCCUGGAGAGUCAACUCUGCGACGUGAUUUCCUGAGACUGCAGCAGGAGAACAAGGAGCGGUCUGAGGCUCUGCGGAGACAACAGCUUCUGCAGGAGCAGCAGCUCCGGGAGCAGGAGGAGUACAAGAGGCAGCUGCUGGCUGAGAGGCAGAAGCGGAUCGAACAGCAGAAAGAGCAGAGGCGGCGGCUGGAAGAGCAACAAAGACGAGAGCGGGAAGCCAGGAGGCAGCAGGAGCGUGAACAGCGGCGGCGAGAACAAGAGGAGAAGAGGCGUCUCGAGGAACUGGAAAGGCGGCGUAAAGAAGAGGAAGAGAGGAGACGGGCAGAAGAAGAGAAGAGGAGAGUGGAGAGGGAGCAGGAGUACAUCAGGCGGCAGCUAGAGGAGGAGCAGCGGCACCUGGAGAUCCUGCAGCAGCAGCUGCUCCAGGAGCAGGCCAUGUUACUGCACGACCACAGGAGGCCGCAUGCACAGCAGCAGCAGCCGCCCCCGCAGCAGCAGGACAGGAGCAAACCGAGCUAUCAUGCUCCAGAGCCCAAGCCUCACUAUGACCCUGCUGACAGAGCUCGGGAGGUGGAAGAUAGAUUUAGAAAGACUAACCACAGCUCCCCUGAGGCCCAGGCUAAGCAAACAGGCAGAGGACUGGAGCCGACCGUGCCUUCCCGGUCAGAAUCUUUUUCCAAUGGCAACUCCGAGUCUGUGCACCCUGCCCUGCAGAGACCAGCGGAGCCACAGGUUCCUGUGAGAACGACCUCUCGUUCCCCUGUCCUGUCCCGUCGGGAUUCCCCACUGCAGGGCAGUGGGCAGCAAAAUAGCCAAGCAGGACAGAGAAAUUCUACCAGCAGUAUUGAGCCCCGGCUUCUUUGGGAGAGAGUGGAAAAGCUGGUCCCCAGGCCAGGCAGUGGCAGCUCUUCAGGAUCCAGCAACUCAGGAUCCCAGCCCGGCUCCCAUCCUGGGUCUCAGAGUGGCUCCGGUGAACGCUUCAGAGUGAGAUCCUCAUCCAAGUCUGAAGGCUCUCCAUCGCAGCGCCUUGAAAAUGCAGCCAAAAAACCCGAAGAUAAAAAAGAAGUCUUUCGACCUCUCAAGCCUGCUGACUUGACGGCGUUGGCCAAAGAGCUUCGAGCAGUGGAAGAUGUGCGGCCACCUCACAAAGUGACAGACUACUCCUCCUCCAGUGAGGAGUCUGGGACCACGGAUGAGGAGGAGGAGGACGUAGAGCAGGAGGGGGCUGAUGAUUCCACCUCAGGACCAGAGGACACCAGAGCAGCGUCAUCUCUGAAUCUGAGCAAUGGUGAAACAGAAUCUGUGAAAACAAUGAUCGUUCAUGAUGAUGUAGAAAGUGAGCCGGCCAUGACCCCGUCCAAGGAGGGCACCCUCAUCGUCCGCCAGAGUACAGUUGACCAAAAGCGUGCCAGCCAUCAUGAGAGCAAUGGCUUUGCGGGUCGCAUUCACCUCUUGCCAGAUCUCUUACAGCAAAGCCAUUCCUCCUCCACUUCCUCCACCUCUUCCUCCCCAUCCUCCAGCCAGCCGACACCCACCAUGUCCCCACAGACACCCCAGGACAAGCUCACUGCUAAUGAGACUCAGUCCGCUAGUAGCACACUCCAGAAACACAAAUCUUCCUCCUCCUUUACACCUUUUAUAGACCCCAGGUUACUACAGAUUUCUCCAUCUAGUGGAACGACAGUUACUUCCGUGGUGGGAUUUUCCUGUGAUGGGCUGAGACCAGAAGCCAUAAGGCAAGAUCCUACUCGGAAAGGCUCAGUGGUCAAUGUGAACCCCACGAACACUAGGCCACAGAGUGAUACCCCUGAGAUUCGUAAAUACAAGAAGAGAUUUAACUCAGAGAUCCUGUGUGCUGCCUUAUGGGGAGUGAACUUGCUGGUUGGCACAGAGAGUGGUCUGAUGCUCUUGGACAGAAGUGGCCAAGGGAAAGUGUACCCUCUGAUCAGCCGGAGACGGUUUCAGCAAAUGGAUGUGCUUGAGGGCCUAAAUGUCCUGGUGACGAUAUCUGGUAAAAAGGAUAAGUUACGUGUCUACUAUUUAUCCUGGUUAAGAAAUAAGAUUCUCCAUAAUGAUCCAGAAGUUGAGAAGAAGCAAGGGUGGACCACCGUGGGCGACCUGGAAGGGUGCGUGCACUAUAAAGUCGUAAAAUAUGAAAGAAUCAAGUUUCUGGUAAUUGCUUUGAAGAGUUCUGUGGAAGUCUAUGCAUGGGCACCGAAGCCAUAUCACAAAUUUAUGGCCUUUAAGUCAUUUGGAGAACUGCUGCAUAAGCCAUUACUGGUGGAUCUCACUGUCGAGGAAGGCCAGAGGUUGAAAGUGAUCUAUGGAUCCUGUGCGGGCUUCCAUGCUGUUGAUGUGGAUUCAGGCUCAGUCUAUGACAUUUAUCUACCAACACACAUUCAGUGUAGCAUCAAACCCCAUGCAAUCAUUAUCCUCCCCAACACGGAUGGAAUGGAGCUCCUGGUGUGCUACGAGGAUGAGGGGGUCUACGUGAACACGUACGGAAGGAUCACCAAGGACGUGGUUCUGCAGUGGGGAGAGAUGCCGACAUCUGUAGCAUAUAUCCGCUCGAAUCAGACAAUGGGCUGGGGAGAGAAGGCAAUAGAGAUCCGAUCUGUGGAAACCGGUCACUUGGAUGGUGUAUUUAUGCACAAAAGGGCUCAGAGACUAAAGUUCCUGUGUGAGCGCAAUGACAAGGUGUUCUUUGCCUCUGUCCGCUCUGGCGGCAGCAGCCAGGUCUAUUUCAUGACCUUAGGCAGGACUUCUCUUCUGAGCUGGUAGAGGCAGUGUGAGCUGGGAUCACUGACCUCUGGAGUCGGCAAGACCCCGAGAACUUGGAAUUCCUUGCAACUGGAGCUCAGAGCUGUGCCGGUGCAGCCAGGACGGCUGUCUAUGCAGGCCUCUUGCGUGUCGUGUCUGGUCAGGUCCUCUCCCCUCCCUCCUACACUUUUGCCAGUUUAUUCCCAUUCUCUCCUUUUCCUUUCUCAAAAAUAAAUCAAGGCUGCACUGCAGCUGGUGCUGUCUAGACUCUACCGUCGGUGCUAGGAGUGCUCGGGGACGCACAGCAGACCCGGAAGAGCGCCUUGCCUCCAGCUCCAGGAUUCCUCGGCUCUGAGCGACUGGCCUGUGGGUGUCUGAAGGUUGUGAUGAGCACGCCAUCAGACGUUGGCAGUGGGCACAAAGAGGUGAAAAGUUGGUGUAAGAAGCAGCUUGCUGAAGCAGAGAACAGAUUUAAUAUAGUAACAUUAACAAUGUAUUUAAUUGACAUUUCUCUUUUUGUAAUGUGACCGUAUGUGGACAAAGAAGGUGGUGCAGGUCUCAGAAGUUAAUAUUUAUAAAAUGUGAAAGACACAGUUACUAGGAUACCUUUUUUGUGGGUGGGGCUUAGGGUGGGGUGGGGUGGGUUAAAGGGUCCCAUUUUGUUUCUUUGAAAAGUUUUUUGGAGGGGGUUGUCCUGGCCAAGAACUCAGUCAUUUUUCUGUGUACCAAGUUUUGCCUAAAUUGUGCAGAUGGUUCUUAAGAAAGAAAAGGAAAAGAAAAUGUUUGCGUCUUGUUGGAAGGCCAGAAGCUUGUUGUGUGACAGUAUUAGCCCGGCCUCGGCUGCAGGCUUAAUGUCUGCUAAGCCUCAAGUGCAGCAGCUCCUCCACCACAGCCUGCACCCGUAGGAGAAGGUCAGCUUGCCUGUGGGCUUUUGUUUCCUUUUGUUUUGUUUUUUGCCUACCUCAUUGUUUCUAAUGCAUUGAGAGGUGACUUAGUUUAUGGUUUUGGCAGAAAACAUUAAUGUUUAAUUUAACCUUAAUACCAAAACUAUCUGAUUAAAGUUUGACUGAUUUAUGUCACAAGUCUAAUCAGGUACAAAAAAAGAAAAAAACAAACAAGCCUGUCUAUAACGGUGGGGAGUAGCCUUGUGGCUGCUACAGUCUGCUUCCAGCAUGCAGACUGCUCUGCUCUCUCCAAGUUCACCAUUAGAGGGUGACAGACAGCUGCCACCUGUGACACACAAGAGAUCUUAUGUUCUCAAUUAAAGGGUUUGGAAGCAGGCAGGGGUCACGCUGGGAGUCACACAGACCUAUCAUGUUGCAGGAACCUUUUCUUGGGAGUGAGGGUGUGUCCCUUUUCUAAAAACGCAAUGCACUAAAACUAUUUUAAGAAUGUAGUUACUCCUACUUCUUCAUAGAUGGCGCAUCGCCUCCCUGCCUGUGUGUCAGGUGUAAGAUCGACGCUUUGGCUUUUCUUGUUUUUCUCACGUGCUCUCUUGUUCUCUCUCCUUUUUUAAAAAACUAAUUUUUCUUUAUGAAUAUGUCUGUGACAUUUGUAAUAAAUGUCUUGUAAUAAUUUGCUUCAUGGCUUCAUGGUCAUCACUACAUUCUCUGAGGAUGCUAGUGUCUCAGUGAAGAGGCAGCGCUGAGUCGUGGCCCUGCCAUCUUGCUCUGAGUGGGGCUGCCUCGUGGCAGCUGCUGUGUGCUUCAUUCCCCAAACACAAGCGUGGUGUUUCAGAGGCUUCCUUUGUGGUUAAUUUCCCUUUACAGCAUAAUGCAUCAAUUCCCUGUCCCAUGGAGCAGUUACAUGUACUUACUGCCAAGCUUGUACCAGCCGGCCUAGGUCACACAGUGUCAGUCAUUCUCUUACUUCUGUUUUAUGAACAACAAAAAUCUAGUGAAACAUUCAGUAUACAACUGCAGCUAAAUGGUUGGUCAUAAAUACCAACAAAGACAAGUCAAGAUAACCAAGCAAUCCUUACUCCUUUUAAGGGGGAAAGGAAGUAAAAGUUGUUUCCUGUUGGCAUGACUUCAGAGUAAUGCAAAACUGUUUAUUUUCUAGUUUGUGGCUAACCUAGAGUAGGUUAAAGAGUUAUCCCAUCUAUCUCAUCAGCAGUGGACUCAAUUAGAAUCUGAUGCUGGUAGCCUCCUACCCACACUUGGGGUUUUUAUAAAAUGAGAGGGGACCAGCAAGGCGAGUGUAUGAAUCAAGCUGUUUGGGUGUUUGCAGCCGUCUCCCUGAUUUUAGUGUGCCAUGAAAGGCUAACCGAUAGCUCUGUAGAAACACAAAGCUACAGACAGCAAGAAGCAUGAAGAAACAGGAGGCUGCUGUCCACCUUAGUCCUGUGUGUCAGUCUGUCAGCCAAAUGUUGCAAAGCCAUAGGUUGCAAUUAGUACAAACAUACGUUGUUGGGAUUAUUAAUAUCUAUCACUUUCUCUUAGGGAGAUAUAGGUGGAGGAUGGGCUCUAGUCAUCUGUGUCUGUCCUUCUUGCACGCAGCCCAGUGGGCAUUCUCCCAGUUGACUCAGACCAACUCCAUGACUGACUUGAUUAAAGGAGAGCAGUCUGCCCCAGGCAGGCUUCUGGCAGCUGCUCUCCCCCCAACCUCAGUCAUCUUGACUUUCCCUUCUUGGUCCUGACACCUUGUAAACUGGGCUGACAGUGAGCCUAGACAAGUUAGUUCAGGUAUCCUGGGAGAGUUACUCAGGAAAAACAAGAAAUGGGCUGCUGUGACUUCCUAUCCAUUUAGGGAGGGACAGGCUUUCCUUACUCCCCUCCACAGCACACUGGUUUCUCCAAGUGUCAUUUUGGCAGAACAGUAUUAAGAUGACACACCGUGGUAUGUGGACCUUGGAACUGCUCUUCACGGGGGCCACCACACCCAGGUGUGUCUGGGGUCAGCCAGAGCUUCCGUGCCUUUCUGUACAGAAGUCAGAGGAGCCUCUUCUGUGGCCAGUGCAGUAUGUUUAGUGUGCGCAUUGGCGUUGGAGGAAAUGUUUACAGAAAUGGUUUGCCUGCACUAAUACGCAUCCCAUUUCCCAUGGACUUUGAAAUGACUUUUACAGGCUGUUGAGUUUCUAGCUCAGGUGUAGCACGCCUAAGGAUGUGUAGUCCCUAAUUCUACCAGUUACAGAUUUGCCGAGUAAUAAUUAAUAAUACAGGUGAGGAACUGCAUUGAGUUUAUGCGUCAUGAAGCCAAGCAGGCUACGACAAGUAGCCCACCUUUGCUUUCUCUUUUUUUUGCAGUGCCGACUUGUCUACUGUUAUACAAAUUGCUGUUCUUCCCUACUUUUCUUUCUUAAAUAAAGAAAAAAUAAUUUCUACUUCA